AUGGCCAUUGACUCGGGAUCCGCCAACGGCGUUCGCGCGCACGAGCAACUGCACUUCAAUGAAGAUGACUACGCUGGCCCGCCGCCCCCAGAAGCUGACGAGCAAGGCUACCGCAUUCUGGAGCAGCCUAUGGGGACCAAGCGGAGAAUCAAAGUCGUCCUGAUGGGAGCUGGUGCUUCGUCUCUGAAUGUCUUCAAGAAGGCCGAAGAGGAGCUUGAAAACGUCGAAAUUGUUUGCUAUGAAAAGAACCACGACAUUGGUGGGACGUGGCUUGUGAACAGAUACCCUGGCUGUGCUUGCGAUGUCCCGUCGGUCAACUACCAGUUCACUUGGAAGCCCAAGCAGUGGUCACAUUUCUAUUCCUACUCCCCCGAGAUCUGGCGCUAUCUCAAAGACAUCGAACUGGAGAACGAUUUCAUUAACAAGUAUGUGCGGUUGAAACACCGGAUCGAAAGAGCCGAGUGGGAUGAUCGUGUCGGUGUGUGGAGAUUCAGAAUCAGGAACCUGUUGACCGACGACGUUUUCGACGAUGCCGCCGAGUUCUUCAUCAACGCCGGCGGCGUUUUGCACAAGUGGAAAUGGCCUGGCAUUCCUGGACUACAUGACUUUACCGGAAAGCUAAUGCACAGUGCUAACUACGAGGAAGGCUAUGAUCUUAACGGAAAGAAGGUCGCAGUCAUUGGUGCUGGAAGCAGCGGUGUCCAGGUAGUUGCUGCCAUCACACCAAAAGUCGACAAGCUGUAUCACUGGAUCCGAAAUCCAAUAUGGGUAACCGCAGCCUUUGCUCAAAGCUGGGCUGGCCCCGACGGCGCAAACUUCGCCUAUACCGAAGAACAGAUCCGCUACCUGGAACAAAAUCCACAGAAGUAUCUUGAGUAUCGCAAACAGAUCGAGAACGAGCUGAACCAGCGUUUCAAAUUCAUCCUCAAAGGCUCUCCAGAGAGCAAAGUCGCUCGCGAUUUUGCCCGCACCCAAAUGACCCGCAAGCUCUCCACCCGCCCGGAUAUUGCUUCCGCAAUCAUACCAAGAGACUUCAACCCCGGCUGCCGUCGCCCCACGCCCGCGCCCGGUUACUUAGAAGCUCUUUCCGCUCCGAACGCAACCAUCUACACAGACCAGCUCCAGCAGAUUACAAAAAGCGGCUUCAUUGAUCACUCCGGCGUCCACCACGACGUCGACGUCAUCAUCUGUGCCACGGGCUUCGACACAACCUGGCUUCCCCCCUUCCCCUUCCGCGCGCACGGCCGCGACCUGCGCGACCUCUGGACGCGGCGGCGCACCGCCGUAGACCCGGUCACUGGCGAGGAAAAGGAGGAAACAGAUAUGAACGUCACAUCCUACCUUAGCAUUGGAAUCCCCUCAUUUCCGAACUAUUUCUCCUUCUGCGGGCCCUACGGUCCGCUCGGCCACGGCAGCUUUAUGCCGUUGAUCGAGGCGUGGACGCGCUACAUGUUCGCCGUCAUCACGAAGGUGCAAGUUGAAGGUAUCAAGUCGCUGGCACCACGCACCGACGCGGCGGCGCAGUUCCGCCAACAUGCCGAUUUGUAUCUGCAGCGCACAGCCUGGACGCAGCCCUGCAGCAGCUGGUUCAAGCAGGGGAGGAAAGAUGGCCAGGUCGUCGUCUAUCCUGGCUCGCGUCUGCACUUCAUGGAGCUGAUGAAAGCGCCGAGGUACGAGGAUUUUGAAAUUGUGUACUGGAAUGAGAAUCGGUUUGCAUUCCUGGGGAAUGGAUUCGAGGUGAGGGAGCGGGAUGGAAGGGAUAUCACAUAUUAUUUGGGGCUGUUGGGGGAUGAGGACAAGCAGCCGGUGUACGGGGAGGAGCUAGUCGAGAGGUUGGCCGGAUGGAAGCUUGGAGAGGAAGCCGUAGUGACGGGCAGUCAGAUGUGCUGA